AUGCCUACGCACAACAACCCUAUAUUGAGCGGAUUCAACCCUGACCCUAGCCUCGUUAGGGUGGGUGAGGACUACUAUCUGACAACAUCCACGUUCGAAUACUUUCCUGGUUUGCCCAUAUACCACAGCAGAGAUCUCAUUAGCUGGACAUUGAUAGGACACGCUCUGACACGACCAUCCCAACUUAAUCUGAGAACAGUCGAACCAGGCGGCGGUAUCUGGGCACCCACCUUCAGACACCACGAUGGAGUCUUAUACAUCACUUCUUGCCUCUGGACUGCUUACUCGCCUCAGCAGAACGUAAGAGUAUGGCCUAGAGGCUUUUACGUCUCGACACAAGAUCCAUGGAAAGCAGAUAGCUGGUCUGAUCCGAUCUACUUUGAUCAGCCAGGCUUUGACCAAGAUCUCUUUUGGGAUGACGAUGGAAGUGUUUACCUCUCAACUUGUUUCAGACCGAUAGACCAUGAUAUGAAAAGUGGUCUCAAAGGCUUCGCUAUUCAUACAUCCAAGAUCGAUCUGGCUACUGGCACGUCACUCGAGGCGCCUAGAGUUAUCAGAAGAUCCCCAUCUGGUGUCGCUGAAGGAUCACACAUCAUCAGGAAAGAGCAAUAUUACUAUCUUUUCGUUGCUGAAGGUGGUACAGAGAGUGGUCACAUGGAACUGGUGUUUCGUAGUUCGACUGGCGUGUAUGGUCCUUGGGAGCAUUGUCCGAACAAUCCACUCAUUAGCGCUACGACACAAGACGAUGUCCAGAAUACGGGACAUGCUGACUUGAUUGAGGAGUCGACAGGAAAGUGGAGAGCGGUCUGCCUAGCUGUCAGACCAUAUCGUCAGAGACAUGCCUUGCGAACUCCGUACUUACAACCCAUAGGUCGUGAGACUUUUCUCAUGGAUGUGACAUGGGAAGACGAUUGGCCCAUAUUCAACCAAGGCAGCAAGCUCCAGCUCAGCUUCGGAGCAGAGGCAGAUUCGGUUCCACCAAUUCUCAAAUGGCGUGACAGUUUUGAGGCGAGCGAGCAUCUCUCGCUUGGAUGGUAUCAUAAAAACACACCACUAAAACGCGAAUAUUCUUUGAAAGAACGCAACCACCACCUAAGACUCUGGGGAGGCCCGUACAACCUUCAAUCACUCGAAAGUCCAACAAUGGUUCUCCGCAAACAGACUCUAGCACGAGGUAUAUGGGAAACUAGUCUAGACUUCCUACCUCAAAGACCACACUGUGAAGCUGGCACAGUGGUCUACUGGAAUCCAUACACCUUUAGCAGUAUCGGAGUACGCCGAGGUUUUAACGGGGAGAAUCGGGAAAUUCAGUUUACACAUACGACAUCACCAGGAGAAUUCACGUGUACGACACAGUAUUUGAAAAGCAUGGGCUCUGUCAGACUCGCGGUACAAUGCUCGGAGCUCGAAUACACCCUUGGAUAUGCAGAGCUUGAUGAAGAAUAUAAUUGGUUUGAGCCUGUCAGCAUGGAAGUCAUGACGGCAGAUCCACCAAGAGGUAUGGCAUUUACAGGCAUGUUGUUGGGACUGUAUGCAUUCGGUGAGCUUCAAAGAUGUUUGGAGCCUGCAGACUUCGCCUUUGCUGCGUUUACUGGUUAA